UCAACACAUGGCACACUGUUCAGCGUCCCCUGUGGAUGGCACAUGUCUGUCGCAUUGUCUGUGGAUGGCAGCAACUGCUGGCAUCUUUGGCAAAGUACAAACCUGCCACCUUGGAACGUCAAGGACAAGAGAUUCAUCGAAGAUGGUCAAGCGGCUGAAGCGGCUGGUGGAGUCGGACAUGGGCAAAGGGCAGUCAGCCACUGUAGUUGCUGAGCCUCAGGUGGAUAUAGGUGGGGGCGUCCUGGUAGGAAGCCACCACCUGACGUAUUUGAAAAGCCGGUGCGAAGGGAAUGCUACAAAGUUCGCCAGGGCCCUCUUGAGGGUUCUCUUCUCUCCUGAAGAGUUGCGCGGGAAGUCCCUCUUCGGCGUGGCAUCGAAUGCCCACAAGAACAAGGAAGCAAAGGAGGGGCUUGACAGGAAGAGGGUAAACGCAUUGAUUGUGAGAGCCAGAGCCUGGAUCACACUGCAAACUCGGGCACUUGAGGCCCUUGUCUACCACCUGUCAUCGCAUCAACACCAGCUCCUGUCGACGCCGCCAAGAGUCUGCCGAGUGCCACCUCCGUAUUGA